AUGGCGUUUGAUAAAAUCUUGCACAAGAGCUCGUCAACAUCUCAAGGCGGUCUUCGUGCCAUGAUAAACAAAGACAAUGAUGCUCACAAGGCAGCUGUAGUUGAAUACUUCCAGCACUGGGAUGAUAAGAAAGCUGAAGACGAGACUGAAGCCGUUCGACAGGCUCGAGUUACUGAUUAUGCAAGCCUAACUAGACAGUAUUACAACUUGGCGACCGAUCUUUACGAAUAUGGCUGGGGCGAGGCAUUCCACUUUUGCAGGUUUGCCUACGGGGAGAGAUUUAAUCAGGCUGUGGCUCGACAUGAACACUUUCUAGCAAGUAACAUUGGCAUCAAGCCUGGCAUGCGGGUGCUGGAUGUUGGCUGCGGUGUUGGAGGACCAGCACGAGAAAUCGUCAAGUUUACCGGAGCCCACGUCACCGGUUUGAACAUCAAUUCUUACCAAAUCAGUCGAGCAAAGCAAUACGCAGUCAAAGAAAAGCUUACUCACAAGCUUGAUUUCGUUCAGGGUGAUUUCAUGAACCUACCUUUCCCCGAUAACUCGUUCGAUGCCGUAUACGCAAUCGAAGCUACAGUUCAUGCGCCGAACCUUGAAAGCGCAUACAGAGAAAUUUUCCGUGUACUAAAACCUGGUGGCGUGUUUGGCGUCUACGAAUGGUUCAUGACAGAUGCCUUCAAUAAUGACGACUUAACUCAUCGCCAAAUCCGUCUCGAUAUCGAACAGGGCGAUGGUAUUGCUCAAAUGCUCAAAGUAGAAGACGGUCUCGCCGCCAUUCAGGGCGCAGGUUUCACUCUCGAAACCCACUACGACCUCGCUGAGGACUAUAGCAACGAGACCAGCGUUGCGCCGUGGUACUGGCCUCUGGGCACUGAUCUUCGUUAUGCGCAGACGCUGGCGGAUGUCUUUACGGUCUUGAGGAUGAAUCGCUUUGGCAGAGAGGUGUCGCAUGCUUUUAUUUCGCUUUUGGAGCUGUUGGGGAUUGCACCGUCUGGUACUAGGAAGACUGCUCAGAGUCUUGGAAAGGCAGCGGACGCACUUGUUGAAGGAGGGAAGAAGAAGCUGUUUACGCCAAUGUAUCUGAUGGUAGGCCGCAAGCCGGAGUAUUGA